ACGGUCAGACGCUCCGAAACACCAAGUAUACGUGCACGACUCGCAUAGUCAGUCUCGCGCCGAGCGUUGUAUAGUGCGCUUUGUUGGAAAUAAUAUCGUUCGUGGUUCGGAUUUGUGUAUUUGAAAAUUUUCGAGAACUCGAAAUAUAUCACGAUAUUAACGUGUGUACGUGACAGACAAUCAAAGUGAUAUUUCUCGUGUCGAAGAGACAAAAAGCAACAAAUCGUUAAUUCGUUUGCAUCCAGCGAUCACAAACGAAUAUUCGAAGAUCGAGACGGAAGGACAUUAGAAGACAAACUGCGUAAAUGAGAGAACGCGUCGCCAUGGGUACCGUGUGUUGUGGUCCGCGCGUGUAGUGCAAACCCCGUGAUCGAAGGGAAGAGACGGUGAGAUGAACAGAGACAAGCUAACGGGGUAACAAGGAGGGAAGAGUGAAAGGUCCGGGAGAAAGAAGGAAGAUAUAGAACGCGUGGACAAGCGUGACCGGCAAGAGUUCGAAAGACUACUCUCUCGUGGCGUUGAAGAGAGGGCAGCAGAAUCGGCGAGAGAAAGAGGAAGAAUAAUGCGGUCUCGUUGUUUCCGCCUUGAUCAACAGGACGUUCGGAUCUGCUCGUAAUUCCACGGGGAGAUCUAACGAACGGUGAGAUGACUCGAAGAAGAAGAGUGCCACUCGUGUUGAGAGUAUGCACAGGUGUUCUCCUGCUGCUCUUCACCACGAUCGCCGCAAACACGACGGAAGAUCUCCCGUUCAGCUCGGAGAAACUAUCCACCGAGACUAUCGAUGAUGCCACGAUAUCGGCGAGGAACGAAACGAUCCCGAACAAAAUAGGAUCUAGGAACUCGGAAUCGAUUGGAAACGAGGCCGUUGAUCCGUCCAACAACAACUCGAGCGGAAAAGAAACCGUACGAGACGAGGUCGGCAAAGAUGCGGAGGCGGAGAGGGAGGAGAAAGUGGCGAUACCAACGAUCCACGAGGACGCGAAAUUACUACAGGGAAGCGGGUCGGCCGGCCCUGGUUCCAAGCUCGAGGAGUCGAUCUACGGNNNNACGUCCGCUGGAAAGAGUUCCAGCACGAAGAUGGUAUCCGAGGACUUUUACAGAUUGUCCAGAACGAACGGGUUGACCACGGUUACCGGAAAGCCCGCGUUGGAAGAGGGGAGGAUGGAGGGAACGAGGGACGGGGAGAGAGGCGUUCAAGUGGAACGAUCGAACGCGACCACGUCGUGGCAGGAGUCGAGCGGGAUCCCCGAAUCCUCGAUCGUCUACCGAUUAGGAACCGAUUUCCCGGAGGGGAAAGGAGACAGGGCGAAGGCGGAAGCGAAGAAGGAGAGGAGCGAGGACUCGAGCCUGCAAAAAGUUCGUUUCCUGGGGAAGAAGGAGGAGGAG